ACCGCUCACCUUGCUUUGAGGGCUGAGAGUGUCUGAAAGUUUACGUGUGGGGCUGCCAUCAGUACAAUACGUUUUCUUGCCAACGUUUAACUCUGCAAGCGGAACACUACCGGAGUGAUGAUGAAGUGUUCCUUGGCGCUAAGGACGGUCCUCGCCCGUCUGCUGUUCGGCUCGGCUGUGGCGCUCUGCUACUGGCGGGUGUUUGUGAUGGUGACAGAUCCCCCACUCCAUCUCAGCUGGCCGAUAGUGCUGGGAGCGUUCCUGAUGUUGGUGGAGAUGUGCAUUGCACUGUACAGGGAGAAAGAGGACUGGAAAUGGUUCAGUCCCGCUGUGUUCCUGUACCUGGCCUCCACCAUUCCCUCCGUCUGGCUGCUGGAGAUCACGCUACACCAGGAACGGGUCGAGAUGAGGGGGAACACCACAUCUCAAAGACAGGACGUCAUAGUGGUUGGACAGCUUGCCCUUGAAGUAAGUGGAGAAGACUGGGUGAAAGCCCUGGAGCAAGUUGUCUUCCUCAGCCUUAUCCUUGGGAGAUGGGUGAUGCCCCGGAGCGCCCUGUCACGUGACCAACUCUCCGAGCUCCUAUUGGUUUACGUCACGGCCGGAGCGGACAUCUUGGAACUAUUCAGCCUCCUGGAUGAAAACAAGAUCAAGUACAAGGAAAUGUACAUCUAUCCCAUCUUGGGUCUGUUUACGCUCGGUCUACUCCAGUUUCCUAUCAUGUUCACCUCGUUUCACGACAAACCUCUGUCAAAGUUGUCCAAAAACAACGCGGUAUCGCCGGGGGAUGAGUCUAAAGCGAAGAGCACCUGGUCCAAUGGUCCAAACAGCAACAACUGUUGCGGCUGUUGCACCAAGGAAGUCAUCGGCAUCUUCAUGACACUGCUGAUGCAGGACGGGCCGUUUCUGGCUCUUCGGCUGUUUUUCAUGAUCCAAGAGAGAAUCUUCCACAACUUGAUGGUGUUCUUCGUGGGGAAGAACAUAGUUGUGAUCGUGCUGCAGAUCUACAGACUCGUUUCCAUCGCGUGUUACGAUGAUGAUAACGAUGAUGAACUUGAAACCACUGUGAAAGAUAAUGACAAUGACAGUGGUGAAACGCACAAUGACACGAAUGGCGAUAUCACUGUUCUGGACGCAUGAAAUUAAUGAGGACCAAGAAGUGAAAAUAACAUUGGAUAAGAAGAGAUCAUAUACCAUUUGUUUUCAUAGUAUAAAGUUUGUGGUUGCUAUACAAAAUUGUACGGUUAACAUUUUAUUUUUUAUAAUGGCAGUACACUGCGAUGAAUCUUCUGUACAUGUACGAUGAUGCAAGUUGAAACGACAGUCAUUGCCAUGAACUGUAGGUUUUGAACCACUCACACCGCACCAUUGCACGUGAAGUGGGUAUGGCUCUCCCCAGACACGGGACCUCAAUUUUUACGUCCUAUCCGGGGGACGGCCUAGCCGAGACUAAUACUCAUUUUCACCUGAGUAAAGUGAGGAAAGCUGUGUAAAGUGCCUUUCCCAAGGGCACAAGAUCGGUGACAGUCGCAGCCGGAUUCAACCUUGAGACCUUUCGGUCCAGAGGCAAACACGCUGUCACUGUGCCACGUGAUCUCACAAAUCUAUAAAUCAUUUCCCGCUUAAUCAUAAGGCCAGAUUAGUUUAAUUUAUGAUUAUGAUUAUAGAUUUGAAGCUAUGUGUUAUUCAUUGUGGUAACUUUUAUGCAUAUGAGUAUAAGGCAGCCAUAUAUGUACAGUAUUUGUAUAUAGAUAAGAUGGCAGUACAAAUGGAAAAAGUUUCAGCUAUGUUUACAAUUGAAAAUGUGUA